AAUGCAUCAAACCAAAGGCUUCGUCUUCACCAAGCAUAUUUCCAUUUCACUCCGCCACUGAGAGCGAAAGAGAAAAAAAAAAGCUUCUGCCCUUUGGUUAAUUUUUACCGCCACCCUCUUCAACUUGGUUCCAUUUCAUCUGGUGGCUAUUGGCCAAACAAACCCCAAGAAACCAAAUUAACGAAAGAAAACAAAGCUCUCUGGUUGGGUCUAACUCAGCCUCUCAGACCCUGAGAAUCCCAACAAGCGUCUCUCUACCGCUUAUCUUCGCAAAUCUUAUCCACACCCUCUUUGUCUUCUCCUUCCCUCUUCCUCCUCAUCAUCAUCAUCAUCUUCUCUGCUGCAAGAAGAAAACCAUAUCUAAAUCUUUUCUUCCCCUCCUCCUCUCCCUUAUUAUAUAUAUUUCUUUCCUUGUUACACAUACCUCUAAAACCCAUCUACUUGUUGGGUCUCAGCCCUCUUGGAGAUUUGGUUAUCCCCCUAUCUACCCAUCUCUCAAAACCCUCGAAUAAUCGCUGCGCUUAACGCAUACCUCUAUUCGAUUCAAUUGAGGGUUUUGUUUAUAUCAAUAUUUGGAUACACAGUAGAAAAUAUGGGUUUGGCGUCGGCUUUGGUGGAGAUUCUGGGGAGACCGGAAGUGUUCUGGGAGCUGGUGAAGUUCAUAACCCCUAUAUGGAUUGCUGUGAUUGUUGGGGUUUUCGUUGGGUGGGCGUGGCGGCCCAAAUGGGUGACGGUGGUUGGUAGAGAAUUGUUGGAUAGCUCCUCACAAAAGGAGUCGUCUUCUUCUUCUUCUUCCUCAUCGGCUUCUUCAUCAUCUUCAUCGCCACCCGCGCCGGCCACGUGUGGGAUUUCGAUUUCGAGUUUGAGUUCGUUGCUGCCAAACUGCAUUCCUUGGGCUGCUGACGAUACCGUUGAGGACCGGGCUCUUACUUUGCCACCUACCACCAAUACUGAUUCCAGUUGCUCACAGAUUGAAAAAGAAGAAUCUUGUAGUGUCAACGAUGAGGAUUUACGCCACAUAUGUCAGCUUGUUGAGGAGAAAGAUGGAGGUCCUGCCUGGAUUCAUAUGAUGAAUAAGUCAACUCCAACUAUGGGCUACCAAGCUUGGCGUAGAGAUCCUCAGACUGGACCUCCACAAUACCGAAGUAGAACUGUAUUUGAAGAUGCUUCACCUGAGACAGUGAGGGAUUUCUUUUGGGAUGAUGAGUUUCGAGCAAAGUGGGAUGACAUGCUUAUCCAUGCUUCUACUUUGGAAGAAUGCCCGACUACUGGAACUAUGCUAGUGCACUGGGUCCGCAAGUUUCCAUUCUUUUGUAGCGACAGAGAUUACAUGAUAGGCCGUCGCAUUUGGGAAUCAGGACGAUCGUACUACUGUGUAACUAAGGGAGUGCCCUCCUCUGCUGUGCCAAGGCGUGACAAACCUAGACGUGUUGAUUUGUACUAUUCAAGCUGGUGCAUUCGUGCAGUUGAAUCAAAAAGAGGGGAUGGCCAGCUUACUUCAUGUGAGGUUAUACUGUUUCACCAUGAAGAUAUGGGUAUUCCUUGGGAGAUUGCGAAACUUGGAGUUCGUCAGGGUAUGUGGGGAGCUGUAAAAAAGAUUGAACCAGGCCUACGUUUAUAUCAGAAGGAGAGAGCCGCUAAAGCGCCACUUUCCCGGUGUGCUAAAAUGGCCCAGAUCAACACAAAAGUCAGUGCAGAUUACUUGAGAUCGGUGGAGAACAGCACCAAGGAUUCCAUGGAGGUUGAAAUUUCAGAUUCAGCGGAGAAACCAGUAGGGAGGAACAUACCUAAAGCUCUAAUUGUUGGAGGGGCAUUAGUUCUUGCUUGCAGUCUUGAUCGGGGGCUCUUGACUAAGGCCGUUAUAUUUGGGGUAGCCAGAAGAUUUGCCAAGAUUGGGAGGAGGUUGUGAUCUAACAUGGCUAUUGCUUCAUUUGAGAGAUGCCAAGCUAAUGGCUGUCAAGAGAAAGUGGGAACUGCCAAGUGAUGAAUAUUCGAACUUGCCCCCUUUCAACUGGAUUGGAGGUGUCACAUUCUUUCUCCUUUUUGUUUUAGCUAUGAAUAUAGCUUUAAUUGUAUAAGUACCCCCAGGCCAAAAGAUAGGAAAGCAAGACGAGAGAGCAUAUAGCCGUAUUCAUUUUAAAGUUGGAAAUGUCAUGAAAGGAUCUUGUUCUGCAAGAAUAAACAGAAAUGUUCUUUUAAUGUUCAUUUUCUUUCUUCAAUAUAUUGAUGUUCAUAACCAAUUGAUAUUCAUAGC